UCAAGUGCACAAAAUGUUUACACUAGAAACUAAGCAAAAAUACUUGGUAUCAUUUUGUGCUUUUGCAGUGUAUCUCUUAAUUCCUCUAGUUUGUCCUGUAUUUAUUUUCUUGUUAACGCCUAAUUGGUGGAACUGUGCGUAUAUUUUCCGGUGCUGGUUCUGCAGGUUUCCUCAGUCAGGACGGACGUGCGUCGGAUGGACGGUCUGCGGUCCGAGUUGGACUCCGUGUUGUCGCAGGUUGGAGAUCUGGAGGACAAAGCCAGUCAGGUGGAGCGCAGCAUGGUCAAACGCAUCGGAGACGUCCUGGGCAGCAGUGUCGACCGAGUUUCCAAUCUCCGAUCUGCAUCCGAACGCAACACCAAGGCCAUCGACCAGCUCCGCAAGCGAAUCCCUGAGCUGGUCGCCAUGGACGACCAGAUAUCAGCUCGCCUGCGGGAGCUGGAGAGCGGCCGCGCUCGCCUCGUACGGACGCUGACGUUCGCCGCAGACCUCAAACCGAAGGUGGCGUCCAUUAAACGAGACUUCGGAGCGUUUGAGCCGCAGGUGUCCGACUUGACGCUCAGGAUAGGACGACUGGCGGAGGAUCUGUCAGAAAGAGAGCGCGAGAUCGCUGAACUCCGACAGACUUUGCUGAACCUCACAGCAGUGGAGGGAGAUUUAAGUGUUACGACUAAACAGGUCAGUGCGAUAGCUGAUUUAUCUGACAUCGGAGAGAUGCAAAACCUAAAAUAGUUAUGUAUUUUAUCUGAUGAUCACCUGUCAAACUACUGCAAUAAACAUUUUUAAGAAAACAAAUCUAAACUAGCGUGCUUCGCUAGUUUAGAAGCUCGUUUCUCCUGCAUCUGAUUGAACAGUAAGAAGAAAGACGUUCAUCAAAAACAUUUCACAUUAUAUUUCUAUUCUUUCAAAUUGCAAAAACAACCUACCUGAUAAUCCAACACCAGCAAAUAAUGACCGCUAGCUAUUGAUUUGUUCAGAAAAUCCUCACUUUGGGUUUAUAAAAUCUGGUUAAAAUGGGAAAAACUGGAAUUCAGAAAAAUUCAAAUGGGAAACUUUGUAAUUUGGAAAUUGCAAUCACAUUUGUCUAUCAGCUUAAGACUGAAAGUUUUUGCUCACGCUUUGUCAGACUGGAUUGAAAUGGCCCCAGGACUUUAAAUUAGACUGGAGUUUGACUGGGACAAAUUUGAGAUGUGAAUAUUUUGUUGAACUAAACCAAUCAACUGUAGUUCUGGUCGUGCAUUUUGGGUCGUCACCCUGCAGGACAGUGACUUACAGAAGCAUCCCACAGCUUGAUGCUGCACGUCACAUCCUUUCUUAGCUUUUAUUUAAGCAGACAAUUAUGCAACAAUUAGAUUUUGUUGGUUAAAAUACACUAAAUUUUGUGGCUG